AUGAGCCUAAAGCCACCAGAAGCUCCUUCGGGGUAUCUGAAUUCAAUCAUCUAUCAAUCAACUAAUCCUCUUUUUCUUCACUGUUCAUAAUCCUAACGGAACAGUUUACAUGAAAGUAGAAGCCAAGGUGAAAAUAAUCUUCGUUUUGGUCAAAGUCCACUUUAGUGUACCCUUCGACUUGACUGUAUUCAGUUACGUUUACCUGCGUGUAAAUGGUUCCCCGUUUGUACUUUAUUAGUUCUUCCAAAAGUAGUGACAGUGUUCUUUUUUUUUGCUUUUUUCUAUAUCAGCAGAUGGCUCACGUCCUCUUUCUUUAUCUUUAAAGUUCAAAUGCUCAUUUUGCUUCGAGGCUCGAAAUGCUUUUCAGAAAAAAAUUUAUUGGAUAAAUGCCAAUGUUUUGAGAUCUCCUCCGAACCUCUGUAAAUUGCACCGAGUUCAAAGCGAAUGCAUGUAUUAGUAGUUUUUUGAUAUCUCAGUCCUUUUCAAUGUAGAAAAACAGAGGUAAAUCGACACAUGCAAAAGAUUUAUCUAUUAUAAACUUUUCGCAUGUAUCGGUUAACCAGUGUCAUUUUUAUGUUCAUUGCGACUGAAGAACGAUAAUUUUUCUAGGAAGAGUAGUUUCUCAUCGCUUUGCGGAUUUUCGACGGCAGAAGUCAGAGAGACGGUAUUUUUUCCAGAAGUAGCGAUCGACGCUCUCAGUGUAAUUGGGAACAUUGACGAACUUGUCGAGCCUGAGACUUCUUUUGUGGAAUCUUUGUCCUCUAAGUGAGUUUUUAAUUUUUGCAACUUUGACUUAUAUCGCUCUUAUUCAAAUUAAUUGAUGAAUUUAAGAGAUUUACGGCUCGUAGUGGGCCGCGAAGAGUUCGUGAUGCCCGAAAACGGGGGUAGCGUGCUGGCCAUCGCCGGAUGCACAAACUCUGGGAAGACGACCGUCGCCGAAAUGCUCGUCAAAAUGGUGGCUCCGAAGAGUUUUGUCGAUGUUGACUGGUCUUUUUUUGCAGUUUCUGGCCGAAAAAGCGACAGUGGCUUUGAUUCAUCAAGACAACUUCUAUUAUGGAUUUGAACAGGUGUGUUGUUAGAUCUUUUUAUAGUUUUUGCUGGAAAUUCCUUAAAACUGUUUUUCAAACAUAAAGAAAUAAUAAUUUGAGUUUAUGCUGCGUUGCCAAUAGUUUACGUUUGUGAAGAUUCAUAAUUUUUUUGUCACCUUUUUUUCAUUAAAAAAAAAUACAGCAUUCGUGUUUUUUUGCACCUUUGUCUCAAGUUCCACUUCCGUCACAAUUUUUCGUUAUAUAACAAAAACUGCGAAAAUCAGUACAACUGCCAAAGAAAAGCGAGGUUUGCCGCUUGAUGGCAGAAGUGCUAUCUAAAAUUUUAUUUUUUUUACCGGUUGAAAUAAUUCUUGAAAAAACAAACUCUCAAAAGGGUUUUCAUUUCACUUUGCGGUUGGGAUUUUUCUAUAAAUUAGCCAGAACACUCCUUGAUGUACCAAAAGAAGAUUCUAGAAGUCUCAACCUGCACAACUUCCUCGUUUCUAUGAAAAGACGCCUCAAAAAAAAAAAAAUAAAACCCUCAUAUAGGUUAUUCUUAGACUUUAGACCCUUAUUUCUCGAAAAAUAGGAAGUUGUGCAGGUUGAGACUUUUCAGAAUGCUCAUCUGGUAAAUCCAGAAGGGUUCUGGUCAAUUUUAAGGAAAUUCCAAACCGCAAACUAAAAUGACCUCCCCUGUCAGUGAUCAACGUUUGAAUUUUUGAAUCUGGGACGGAAAAAAAAGUGUGAAAAAGUCGCGAAACACCCAAACUUUUGCACAUGUUCUUCGAUGGAGCGCUCGUUUUUCCGAGCUAGUUUUCUGUUGGCAAUUUUUUCGCUCGCUUUUUUUUUCAGUUUUCUUUUGUCCUAACACCAAUAUAGUUGUCGUUGUCCUUUUUUGUUGCUUCGAAAUAUUUCUAUCUUCAUUAAAAAAGAUUUGGUUCGGACUGCGACCUUGAACUCAAACCCUAACAUACAAUUUCAUACUAAUUUUGGCUUCAAACUGCAAAAUAAUUUUAUUAUUAAUGACCGAUUGCAUUGUUCUGUUCCACUGCUUGCCUCCCCGAUUUGCACAUUUCAGGUCGAGAAGGUAUCUCCACUUCGCAAAAUGGUAAAUUUUAUUCGCACCUCUCCUACGUCCUCUUGAUUGCCGUUUCGUUUACCUUUUGACCCCAGACCUCCGUUUUAAUUGAAGGUGGAUAAGAUUUUCCACGGGCGGACCGACAGUAGAGCUCAGGGCAGUUUCUACUACAGCUACGACGAGAAAGAGUCUGUGGACAAAAACGCGCUCAUAAAUGCCAUUGCUGAGGUUUCCAUACUUUCUGGCUCUUCUGACGAUGGGGUUCUAGGCCUGUUGCUCGCAUGACUACGUAAUCGUGGAGGGGAACAUGCUGACCGAGUGGGACGACUUGGUGGAAAUGUGCGACCGCGUCAUCUUCUUGUCCAUGAACCAGGUGAGGCAUAUGACCGAAUAGUUUAUAUUGAAUAGCCGCAGACACGGGCAAAGUCAAAAAGACGAAAAAGGCGCCUUUUAUUUUUGACCUUUUUUGAGAAGGGCCUUUUAAGGAAGAAAAAAAGAGAUUCCGAGAAACUUUUGACACAUUUUUUUGAACUCAGAAAGAAUCUUCUGACUCUUCUUUUUAAGGCUUUUUUUAAAGCCGUUUGGAUUUUGCUUUUGGCGAAAAACAAGGCCCUCCGCCCCUGGGAAGUGAGCUCCAUGGUUAACUAGAAUUUGUUCUCUUUACAGAACUUUUCCUCUUUCAUCUAUUACUAUGCGAAGAGAUUGAAUGUUAGAAAUGAUAAUAUGAUAGGUUAUUAACUUGGGAACGUUUUUCAACUCCCGGUUGAUCUUUUGAUGAGACUUUGCUGAAGUGAAAGCACAGUUGUACCGCGUUUUAGUACCUGUUGCGGCCUUCCCAUCGCUUUCUUUGCUAAGCCAAUCUGUAAAUGGCUCUUUUGUCUGCGGCUAUUUUAAUGAAGCUGCUUAUUCAUAAAGCCAUCUGUUGCCACCAUCAGCCUCAAGGAUAUUCUCGCAGGAGACGUGUCGUCGCCGUCGACUCGGCCGUACUUACGACCCGCCAGACGUCGAUGGUUAUUUUGACGACGUCGCCUGGCCCGCCUAUCAGCGACAUCUCCAAAGGGCUCUGGCUCUGGCUCGCGACGACAAACGCAUUUCUUUUUUUGACGUUUCUUCUGACUGCGACAAAGUGACCGAAGAGGCGUUGAUCGAGGUGGAAUCUCCUAAAGCGGAUCCAUCGAGAUUUUUUGUGUUUGCAGAUGAUACAGGCCUUUUCGAACGAUGUCAUCCGAAUAGGAUUCGACGCUUUGGAUGUGAAUGAAGUUAUGAAACUGAUCAAUACGUCAGUUAAUGAGGGAAUCGUCUUUUUCAUAAUGUAGAAUUGGCAGGCCUUCCUGUGGCGCGACUUCCAUUUUCGUCGGCACCACUCGCGACACGUUUCAAGAUCGUUUAGUUCAGCGACUCGAUUACGAAAGUUACGAUGAAAUGGCUUAUAAGGUUUUUUUUUUCCCCCCAUUUUUUCUCCGUUUGAAGAAAACAUUUUGAAAAAUAAGAAAGAUGAAUGGAAAAACUGGGAAUGAGUGUAAUUUGUUUUUAGUUUUUGCCAAGCGUCUUGUUAUCUCGAUUUUCUGUCAACUGUGCAGUUUCUAUACUUUCCCGCAUGAUUUAGGAGCUUCGAAAGUUGUGCGAUGAAGUCCACGCUGAAUUUCCAUCGGUCGAACGAGUUGUUAUUUUUCACAGGUCCUUCAUCAUGUGAUAUAGUUACAAAACUAGGUUUCAGAAUCGGCGAAGUCCCUGUUUCUGAGAUUUCGGUGAUAGUCGCAACAGCUUCUCCCCAUCGCAAAGAGGCCAUCCGAGCCUGCGAAUUCGGCAUCGACGAGCUCAAAAGAAGGGUUCCCAUAUGGAAAAAGGCAGGCGUUUCCUUUUUUGCCAUUAGUAUUUUUGCUCUCUUCCCAGGAAGUCUAUGAAGAUGGCGGCUGCUCUUGGAAAGAGAACGGCGAGUCCGAUCCGCAGAGUCGACGCCACGGCCAGACCUCCACUGAAGAACGCGAUUUCGCUGCUGCCAAUAGGUAUCAAAAACCAGACUUUUGAAGAAGAUUAAUGGCAGAAUAGGCGAGACAUUUCAGCGUGAAAUAUAGUUUCUAGAGAUUAUUUCAAAAUGUGCUUCUUGGCAGAUUAGCUAUUUUUCUGAGCUGUUAGUUGUAUAUAAGCCGUCUCAUUGUACAAAGUUUUUUCUUUGAUUUUUGUUUUCAGCCUAAUUUUGUUCUGUCUGUCACACUAAUUCGAUAAUGAGAUGAUUUUCCAGCCGAAGAGACGCUCGACGAGAAGUUUUUUUGAUACGACACUUCAUGCGUCAACUGAAUCUGAAAUCGCCGGCGAAAGAGAAAUAA